CCAGGUUCCAUUGCUUAACCUCCCACAAAACGAUCCCCAAAGUCUCUAGUCACCCCAAGGUCCAUUAAUUAUGUUCACCCCACUGGCUGACCUUGCCUCGAGAAUGCGUCUCAAUACUCACACCGGCAAGAGCUCCUCUUCGUCCGAUGAUCUCAGCAAUGGGAGCAACCGAUCUGGAGAGAGCUCUCCCUUCACGUCGUCUGGUAUUACCUCUCCUGCAACAGAGUUGUCGAAUUCAUUCGACCUCGGUAAAGCGACUGACGCUCACCUCCCCGAGCCAUUCUUUCCUGCGACCAUCGUGGACACUAAAGAUGCCAAGUCCCUCAAGGCUCGUCCCCUUCCAGACACCCUGCCCUACCCAUCCCUUCCACAGGAAGAGGUCUGCAGAGUUAUCGAUCAGCAGGACAAAGGAACUCCCGACGAAUGGGUGCCUCGAGACAGCAGAAUGGUCAGACUUACCGGAAAGCACCCCUUCAACGCCGAAGCUCGCCUGAAGGACCUAUACUCCUACGGGUUCUUCACACCCAGCAACCUCUUCUUCGUCCGAAACCACGGCGCGGUCCCCAUGGUCGACGAACCCACCGCUCGCGAGUGGAAGGUCGAGAUUAGCGGCCUCUGCCAAAACCCCGUCACAUUCAGCCUCAACGACCUCCGAAGCAUGUUCGAAGUCGUCACAAUACCCAUCACGCUCGUCUGCGCAGGUAACAGGCGCAAAGAGCAAAACGUCGUCCAGAAGUCCCUUGGAUUCUCCUGGGGUGCAGCGGGACUCUCCACAGCACUCUUCACGGGCGUGCGUCUCUCCGACGUGCUCGAGUUCGUGCAACCCCAAAAGGGAGCGAAACAUGUCAUUUUCGAAGGUGGAGAUAAUUUGCCUAACGGACCGUACGGAACGAGUCAGUUGCUUAGUUGGGCAAGGGAUCGACGAAAGGGUAUGAUGCUGGCGUGGGCGAUGAAUGGGCUUCCCCUUGAGCCUGAUCAUGGCUUCCCCAUCCGCCUCGUCGUCCCAGGUCAGAUCGGUGGUCGCUCGGUCAAGUGGCUCCGCAAGAUUGAGCUCUCGCGCCAAGAAUCCCAGCAUCAUCUCCAUUUCCACGACAACAAGGUCCUCCCUAUGCCAUUAGGUCCAGAUAGAGCACGAGCAGAGAAGGACUGGUGGUACGAUCCCAGGUACAUAAUCCGUGACCUAAAUGUCAACAGCGCGAUAGCUUGCCCUGACCAUGACGAAGUCCUUCAAGUCGCCAGUACGGAUCAGUACACUUUGAGAGGGUACGCAUAUGCCGGUGGAGGGAGGCGUGUGACCCGAGUCGAGAUCUCCUUCGACGAAGGAACGACCUGGGAGCUCGCCCAGAUUCACUACCUCGAAGACCUCUUCCGCGAUGUCCCCUACGACGAUAGCAUAUACGGAACCUUGGACCUCACCGAAAGCGACCAAUCCUUCUGCUGGUGCUUCUGGUCGUUCGAGGUGGGAGUGGAAGUGUUGAAGAGUGCAUCAUCCAUAACAGUUCGAGCGAUGGACGAGAGUCUUGCGUUGCAGCCGCGGGACAUGUAUUGGAAUGCUACUGGGAUGAUGAACAAUUGGUGGUUCCGCGUGUGUAUCCAUCACCUCGAAGAUGGGUCCUUGAAGUUCGAGCAUCCAACCAUGGCAGGAACACAACCUGGAGGGUGGAUGCAACGAUUAAAGGAUGCCGGGCAAGAUCCUUCAAAGCCCGAGAUCAAUCCAAAGAGAUCUGCGUCCUCAGUCGCUGAGAACCCAGCUGAACCAGUUGAAGAAGUGAAGAUGACCAAGCCAGGUGUCACCCGCAAGAUUACAUUGGAAGAGCUCGCUGCCCACGCCAACGAUGAGACACCUUGGUUCGUCGUCCGAGGAGAGGUAUAUGACGCAACUGAGUAUCUCAACGAGCACCCAGGUGGUCCCCAGUCCAUAACCCUCGUAGCUGGAGAUGACGCUACCGAGGACUUCAUCGCCAUCCACAGUGCUGAUGCGAAAAGGAAGCUGGAGGAGUACCAUAUCGGAACGCUGGUCGGAUCACUGGUCGAAGAGUCGAAGCUUGAAGCUUCCGACCCUACUAUCUUCUUGCACCCCAAGCAAUGGAAGGCUGUUCGGUUGGUCAGUACCACCACCGUGUCCAGGGACUCCAAGAUCUUCCGGUUCGCGCUAGAUUCCCCUGACCAGACACUCGGUCUACCAACUGGGCAGCAUGUGUACGUGAGGUUGAAGCGGAAAGUGGAGAGGGACGGGAAGAAGGUAGCCGAUGGGGAGUUGGUCCAAAGGGCUUACACGCCCUUAUCGAGGGACGUCGAUAAGGGGUUCAUCGACAUGCUGGUCAAGAUCUACUAUCCAUGCAACGAAUACCCUCUCGGAGGAAGGAUGACGCUCGGCUUCGCCGAGCUCGAGGAGGGCGAUGUCGUCGACCUCAAAGGCCCCAUCGGGCACUUCACUUGGCUUGGAUCUGCAAGAGCGUCCAUCCACGGCAAGGAGCAUUCUGUCGGUCAGGUCGGUAUGGUCUGCGCUGGCAGUGGUAUCACCCCUAUUCUGCAAGUUCUCAGGGGUAUCUUCGAGGACUCUCGCGACACAACGACCAAGGUUUGGGUUCUGGACGUGAACCGGCAUUUCGAGGACAUACUCUGCAAGGCAGAGCUGGACGACCUCCUGGAGAAAUACCCAGAUCGUCUUCAGCUGCGCUACUCGUUGACAGGUCGACCUCUUCCUGAUGGCUGGAGCCAGUCAACGGGGCGGAUUACAAGGGAGAUGCUAGUGAAAUACCUCCCAGAACCAUCGGAAGGCGGUAUUGUCUGCAUUUGUGGACCGCCAUCCAUGGAACAGAGUGUCAAAGAUACGUUGCGAGAGAUGGGGUGGUGCUCCACGAACCAGAUCAUCAUUUUCUGA